AUGGUAAAUAAUACUAUAAAUUGUAAAUACUUGUACUUUUUUAGAAAAGAAUGGAAGAUAUCAUAGAGAAAUUAAAUCUAAAAAUAUCUAUUUAGUAUCAAUGGAUAUAAGAAAGCAUUAUUAUUAAAUGAUUUUCAAUAUCUAUCUCCUGAAUUAUUAAAAUAAUUAAGAGCUAAAAACUCAUCACCAAACGUAAUUUAAUCAAAGGUGAUGUAUUUGCUUUAGGAUUAAUUCUCUUGGAAUUAGCUAGUCUUAGAUCCUGUAUAUAGUAUUAUGAUAGGAUAAGUAAAGAAGUUUACAUUGAUAGAAUCUUCUAAGCAAAUGAUCUAUUAAUAUAGAGAGGUUACUAAACGCUUUUAACUAAUUUAAUAAAUUAGAUGA